AUGGCCGACGAACCUUCUCUCACUCGCUGGUCUUUUCAGUUUGGGAGAAAGAAGGCAGAAGUACAAACAAAAGCAGCAUCGGAAUCGCAGCAAAACGGUCAAACAACAGCAUUAGCAUCGAAUGGGAGUUCAAAUGGAAAUGGUUAUCUCAAGAAUUCAUCUGAGAUGGCUAUUUAUGAGCAGUUUAGAAACCAGAUGCCAUUGCUUCCUGCUUUUGAUUCUGCUGAAACACGUGCUUUAGCAGAGAGUUUAUGCAGGGACAUCAUUCGUGGUAGUCCAGAUGUUAAGUGGGAAAGCAUUAAGGGUUUAGAGAAUGCAAAACGUUUACUGAAAGAAGCAGUAGUUAUGCCGAUAAAAUAUCCCAAAUACUUCACUGGUCUUCUGUCACCAUGGAAAGGCAUUCUUCUUUUUGGUCCACCAGGGACAGGGAAGACAAUGCUUGCGAAGGCUGUCGCUACAGAGUGCAAAACCACAUUUUUCAAUAUUUCAGCAUCUUCAGUGGUUAGCAAGUGGCGGGGCGAUUCAGAGAAGUUAAUAAAGGUGUUAUUUGAGCUUGCUAGGCACCAUGCACCAUCAACUAUAUUUCUUGAUGAAAUUGAUGCUAUUAUCAGUCAGCGUGGCGAAGCUCGCAGUGAGCAUGAAGCAAGUAGGCGUUUGAAGACUGAACUGCUUAUACAGAUGGAUGGUUUGACUCGCACAAACGAGCUCGUUUUUGUUUUGGCAGCAACUAAUCUCCCUUGGGAGUUGGAUGGGGCCAUGCUCCGGCGUCUUGAGAAGCGAAUUCUUGUGCCCCUUCCAGAACCAGAAGCUAGAAUAGCCAUGUUUGAAGAACUCCUGCCAUCACAGCCAGAUGAGGAGAAGCUUCCUUAUGAUUUAUUGGUGGAAAGAACAGAAGGUUUCUCUGGUUCGGAUAUUCGGCUUUUAUGCAAAGAGGCUGCCAUGCAACCAUUGAGACGGGUAAUGACUCUCCUUGAAGAUAGAGAGGAAGUAGUGCCUGAGGAUGAGUUGCCGAAAGUUGGACCGAUCAGACCUGAGGAUAUAGAGACGGCUUUGAAGAACACAAGGCCAUCUGCUCAUUUCCACGCCCAUCGCUAUGAGAAAUUCAAUGCUGAUUACGGCAGUCAGAUACUCCAAUGA